AUGCCUUUCGCCACCAUCAAUUCUCACGAGUUGCACUACACGGACAUUGCUCCCUCCGGCGGCAGGGCAGAGUCCGCGGCGACGCUGGUCUUCGUCCACGGGCUCGGGUCUACACAAAACUACUACUUUCCCAUCUUUUCGCACCUGACGUCGUUCCGGUGCAUCAUCUUCGACAACUACGGCGCCGGCCGGUCGAAGUAUGUGCCCAGCACCGCAACGUCCGUCGCAGCCAUCGCCGAGGACGUGACCGGCCUCCUCGACCAUCUCAGCGUCGAAAAGGCCGUGGUCAUAGGUUAUUCCAUGGGUGGCAUGGUGCCGUCGUUCCUCGCGGCAACGCGUCCAGACCGCGUGGUUGCAGGGAUAUGUAUAGGGCCGGUCCAUCCGAACGAGGCGGUCGCCAACGUCUUCAAGCAGCGCAUCCCCGUCGUCCAGAAGGAGGGCAUGGAAGCCAUGGCCAACACGAUUCCCAAUGCCGCCACGGGGCCCCGUGCAACGGCGACGCAAAAGGGCUUCAUCCGGGAGAUGCUGAUGGCCCAAGAUCCCGAGGGAUAUUGUGCCAAUUGCAAGGCCAUCGAGACCGCGACACCCCCGGAUUAUGCUGCGGUGAAGUGCCCCAUGCUCAUUAUUGCCGGCGAGGUCGACAAAAGUGCACCGUUGGCCGGGUGCCAGACGAUAUUCGACGCGUUCGGAACGGAUGAGAAAAGGAAGCGGUUGGAGGUCCUGGAGGGUGUUGGCCACUGGCAUUGCGUCGAAGCACCUGAUGAGGUAGGACCUCUCGUGCGUACGUUUUGCGAAGAACUAUAG